AUGGGAGCGUCAUGGUAUAGCGCCCUCGCCGCCGUCUCCCUCACCCUCCUCCUCCUCCUCACGGCGAUUUCAUGGUCCCCUCCUCCUUCCCGCUCAGCCCUGCGCUCCACCCCGAAGAUGGUGCGGCAGCUGGAGCAGGAGGCGAGGAGGAACGUGGAGAACGACGCGACAGUGGCGGGUCUCAAGGCGCUGGACGACAAGGACAGCCUAGCAGCGACGUUGACAGGUGGACUGAAGAGGAAGCUCGAGAACAUGCAGGCGGGAGACGAUCUCAUGCUCAAGAACAUCGAGAAGGAGGCGUCGCAGCCCGACAAGGUGGCAAGGAAGGAGAAGCAGGAAAGGAAGCAAGAGGCGGAGGAGGGGGGAAAGGCGACCAAGGGCCAGGCUUCGAUCAAGCUGCCCAACGUUGACAUUGAUGACGUCAUCGCGGUGAUCAGGAGGGACAGGAAGCGGCAGAUGCAAGCGCUGGCCAUCAGCCUGGCUCGAGUGUCACUUUUAAGGAAGAAGGAACUUGCUCCUGACUCGCUGCUGAAGCUGACGAGCUCCGACAGGCCGAGAGGAGGAGCGAACAGGAGAAGUCAAGCUAAGAAGCUGCUGGAGAAAGCAGCAGAGCUCAAGGCUAAGGCUGAGAGCAUCCGCCGCAAGGCCAUUGCCAAGGAGUGGCCCAAGUCAUCCAACUUCGAGUCAGCGAUGGACAAGCAGAAGAAGAUACUGAACAAGUUGAAGAAGGCGCACGCGACCGGCUCCAAGAUGAGCAGCAAGGAGAUGACGAAGCUGCAGAAGAAGAGCGAGGAUCUGACCGAGAAGGCCGUCCACACCAUGCUCGAGUCCCGCCGGCUCUCCCACAAGGGCACCGACGACCUCCGGGCCGCCAGGGCAGUGGAGUCGCGACUCCCCGCCCUGCAAGUGAAGGCGCAGCAAGCGAAGCUCGUGCUCAACGUGCUCAAGUCGCAGGAGCAGCAGGCGAUCGCGCGGCUGAAGAACUUCCCUGCCUACAACGCGGCGAUGAGGCUGAGCAAGAAGCUCACGGGGGAGGCAGCCAAGGACAAGCGCCUGGCAAAGGAGCUGCUGGCGGAGAAGUCGAGCGAGAAGAAGACAGGGAGUGGAGAGAAGGAGAAGGCAGCGCGAGACAUUCGAGCUGACAAGCAGGCCUUCAAAGAGCUCAACAUCCUCCGCCACAAGAUUGACAAGGAGAAGGCGAGUGGUCAAACGCGUUUGACCUCCUGCUGA